AGGAAAAUGGAAAGCGAAAAAAACAACGCUCUGCGUUCGCCUGUAAAAAGGAGCAAAGUAGCGUAUGUACCAAAUAAUCAACAAGAGAUUUCUACAUUCGUGAUUACUGGUCUUACCGGCAGCGCUUUUCUUCCGUUAAAUCCAAGUGUUCUCGAGAUAAGUCUACUAGCCAUCGAGCGUUCAGAUAUUCUUCUGUUGGCCGGACAAGGGCCACCCAGAGCCCUAAAUAGACUGACACUGACUUUCAAACCCAAAAUAUCACCAAUACCUAUCAGAGCCAUGCAAAAUACAGGAUUGCUGGAUAGCUCUGUUGAACAUGGCCACGUGAUGGGUGACGAAGACGUGACGAUAAUAGACAAGUUUUUAGAACGACUGCCUAGACCAGUAUGUCUUGUGUCUUAUUCAGGAGAUUUAUACGAUUAUAGGGUCAUCAAAAAUGAAUUAAAGAGACUACAUAAAACAAUUAGCAAGGACUGGCUACUUUGUACAAAUCUCCAUAAGGCCGUUCGUCAAUUUCGACCAGGGCUCGAUUCGUAUGAUUUGAACAACGUAUACAAAGUGGUUUACAACGGACAAAACCAAAACACAGAUGAGUCAGCGGAAUGUGUUGUGCGCAUGCUCACAGAAAUUAUUUCAUGCACACCCGGAGUUAUUGGAUGGAUGGAUUUGAAUAAUGGGUUGUUUUAAUACUACAUUGUACUGUACACUAAAUCAAUGUUCAGGCAACACAAUAAUGGAUUGUUUUAAUACUACAUUGUACUGUACACUAAAUCAAUGUUCAUGCCACACAAUAAUGGGUUGUUUUAAUACUACAUUGUACUGUACACUAAAUCAAUGUUUAGGCCACACAAUAAUGGGUUGUUUUAAUACUACAUUGUACUGUACACUAAAGCAAUGUUCAGGCGACACAAUAACGGGUUGUUUUAAUACUACAUUGUACUGUACACUAACUCAAUGUUCAUGCCAAACAAUAAUGGUUUGUUUUAAUACUACAUUGUACUGUACACUUAAGCAAUGUUCAUGCCACACAAUUUGAAUGAUAAUGUGCAUUGGCCUGCCACGCUGAACGAGUCUGUCAUCUACUUUAGUGGUAUUUUGUGAAAUAUUGUACAACGAUUCCCUCAGCCAAUGAACACAUGUAUAUAAGGUAGGAUUCAAGAAUUGUGGUCCGCACGGAGUAACAAGGAACCAAGCAAAAAUGUAGAGUAGCCAAACAUGUUGAUUUAUGGACACAAACAUUCCUGUACAUGUAAAUGGGUGGAUUGCCUUGAAAGUUUGACAAAUUCCUUUGUCUGUACUGUUGUUAUUACUUAUUUGUUUAUGUCUCUAUUUAAAGUACAUGUUUUGUUGUUCGGAUAAAGUGUCCUAUUGGAUCACGCCGUCGGUAUUACUUCUGAGACCUACAUGCAUUGUUUACAGUUUUUAGUUGCUAUAUAACCACUUACCUACUUACUACUGUAACAGAUUAGUUAUUUUAACCACAUUACCAGUAGAAGAGUUAUAGUAGAAGUGUGAUGUAUAGUUGGUCUGUUUCUACGACAUUUUAUCUGUAAAGUAAUUGAUGUUUAGAGCGAGCUUACCUUAUUUAUUAUUUCAUCAAUAGUAGGUAUUAAUCUAGUAGAUCUUGGCCUGGAAUAAUCUAUUUCGUAGACAAAUGGUAUUACUAUACAGCUGAGUAAUAACUCAUUGUCAUCCAAAAGGUAGUGGUUUACAUAAUAUCAAAAAUGAUUUCAUUGUCAAUGCUAUCAUCUUUACUAUUUGUACGCAAACAUUAAGAUCGGGCUUGCCCGGCUCGUCUCUGCCAUUGAUCUAUAUGCUGAUAUAGGGCGUUAAUAUGCUAAUAUGUCUUUUUGAUUGAUAUACAUUGUAUAUAGAUGUAGUAGUUUUUACGUUUCAGUAUCAUAA